CACAAUUUUCAGUCAAAAAUGGAUGUUGUUUUUGAAACUGUGAACUGCCUCGAGUCAAAUAGAAAGAUCAUCAUUGUCAAGCUACCAGAUGGAUCUUCAGAAAAGUUCUUCUUCAACGUGACAAAAAGAGCCUUUGAGAAGAUUGUCUGCGUAGAUGGUAAACCAGUUCAAAUGGACAGUGACCUGACUCCCCAUCACUCGGUAUGGUGCCCACACAUUCAUAAGAACAUCAUUUUCGCCUACAACCACUUACUCCGAAUGAACCUCCAAUAUCUUUUCGACUCGGAAACCCUGAGUUUUCACGAAACGAAAUGCGAUCAAUGUCAUCUGGAUCCGAAGAAAUCGACCAAUGUCAAGCAGAUUUUGCUCGUCGCGGCGAGCCCAAAAAUAAGAAGACCAAUUGUUCUCACUAUGAGCCAGGAAGGAAGAGUUUUGAAAAUGUGUUAUGAUGAAAUUGAGAAAAAUUAUGUGGAUAUGUCACCAACUGAAAUUAAAGCCUUGACACAACUGAAGGAUGUGACCGCAGCAAUGGAAGAUCUUACACUGGACAGCAAAGUAAUGGAAAGUGACCUGAUCCCAUUGGUCAAGGAAAAGAGUGUCUUCUUACCACAUGACAGUAUUCUAAUUGCUAAGAACAAGAAAACCAACAAAAUCGGACAAUAUGUAUUCGAUAGAUAUCAUCAUCAAUUUCUUGAGGUAGUCAUGUCCGACAUCGAAAUUAAGCAAGAAAUGCCAAAUAUCGCGAAGCUUAUCAAUGUGACAAUGAGCACAAAAACUGAGCAAGCAAUCAGUAUCAGAUGUACCCCUGGAAUUGGAGAACUGAAGAAAUUCCAUUAUAAUCGGGAGACAGCAUCAUUUGAUCCAAUGGAAGAAAAGGCAAUUGUUGAGAGUGAUGAGGAAAUUCAGAGUUUUAUUGAAGAGAUUGAAAAAACGCAGGAUAUUGUAUGCAAAAAGAUCAAAGCAAUCCUCUGGUUUUAUCAUAAUGUGAAACCAUUUUUGGCAAAGAAACUUGAGAAUCCUGUCAAGAAAAAUAAUGACUACAAACGUUACGUUUUCAAACCAGUGGAGCCGGAAGAAAAAGUCGAUGAUGAAAUGGAUUCGGUGUCCGAACCAGAAUCUGAUUCUCUCUCGAUGAGCUCCUCUAGUCGGAGCAGUAGCCGUAGCAGCCUGUCGAGCGAUGACUCUUUCGAGAUGGUCGUCGAUAUUGAUUUUGUUGAGUAGUGGCUGAAAACUAAUAAAAUACCCUUAUACAGUGCGCGUCAAUGUUAUAGGACCCCCCUCAUUUUUUUCGAUAUUGGGAAACUGAAAAAAUUCCAUGAAAAACUUUUGUGAUAUUUGGAUUCAGCAUGUCAAAAAACCUAGGUUCCUGUGUUUUCACGAGUUUAUCAUUAAAACUAUAGACACACGGCAAAUAUUUCAAAAAUUAGGCCGCGUCACUGCUAUAGGACCCCCUGGGAUUUUCGAAAAUUUUCACUGAAAAUCUCGAUUUUUUCACCAUUUUCAAAAAAAUAAGAUUGAAAACUGGUUUAAAUCUGGUUAUUAGCUCAACCUUGUUCUGUUUUCCAAACUUUUGUAAUGAUCGGAAUCUUCAAUUUAACAAUUUUCUCACAUUUUUAGACGUUGAAGCUGAACGAGAAGCUCACAAGUAACUUUUGAGCUUGAGCUUACAUUAUCUCAUGAAACACGUAUUCAAGAAUAUUCCUGUCAAUUUCUGUCUGAUUCCGUUCACAAAUAGUCCUUUUGCAGCAUUUUUAGUGCUGAGCUUUUAGCCUGUUUUCAGUGUGCUUCUUGAUUAUGAGCUCAUAUCUAAGCUAUUCCUUGACACAUUUUUUAGAAAGUAGUCAGGGAAUGAAGCCCACAUUUUUCACUACAAGUACCAUAAACGUUGCUUGCUCCAAAAAUUUCUGGUAUAGCCUACACGUGAGAAAAGUUUGCGAUGGGUUAUAAAAAAUCUUGGAAAUGUACUGUGAAUUGAGAAUAUGAAUUCCGUCAAUUGUAGGCUAUGCCAAAAAUGUUUGGUGCAAGCAACGUUUAUGGUACCUGUGGUGAAAAAUAUGGGCUUCAUUUUCUGACUACUUUCCAAAAGAUUAAUCAAGCCAUAGCUUAGAUAUGGGAUCAUAAUCAAGAAGCACACUGAAAACUGGCCAAAAGCUCAGCACUAAAAAUGCUACAAAAAAUACUAUUUGUGAACGGAAUCAGACAGAAAUUGACAGGAAUAUUCUUGAAUACGUUUUUCAUGAGAUAUUGUAAGCUCAAGCUCAUAAGUUACUUGUGAGCUUCACGUUGAGCUUCAACGUCUAAAAAUGUGAGAAAAUUGUUAAAUUGAAGAUUCCGAUCAUUACAGAAGUUUGGAAAACAGAAAAAAUUGAACUAAUAACCAGAUUUAAAACAGUUUUUAAUCUUAUUUUUCUGAAAAUAGUCAAAAAAUCGAGAUUUUCAGUGAAAAUUUUCGAAAAUCCCAAGGGGUCCUAUAGCAGUGACGCGGCCUAAUUUUUGAAAUAUUUGCCGUGUGUCUAUAGUUUUAAUGAUAAACUCGUGAAAACACAGAAACCUAGGGUUUUUUGACAUGCUGAAUCCGAAUAUCACAAAAGUUUUUCAUGGAAUUUUUUCAGUUUCCCAAUAUCGAAAAAAUGAGGGGGGUCCUAUAGCAUUGACGCGCACUGUAUAACCACUUUUCAAAAAAAUAUAUUACCCUCUAAAACAAACAGACAACACUUUUUGCUCACUUUUCGAGACAUUAUGAAUGUGUGCAAAAAGAAUUGUUAGUUUAAAUCUUCUUUUGACCCUUAUCCAUGUUAUCUCAAGUUACCACAGAAGUCAUAUGCUCUUGUAGAAUACAGUCCCCUGUACAUUGUGAAAAAAUGUAGAUAUCUUGAUGUAUCUUCCUAAGCUACACGAUUGUUGGUUAACAUUUUUCGAUUCAAUAAAUUUAUCCUGCAGAUUAAAUGUAAUAAA